GAAGAAGAUAGUGUGGGUUUCUUUCUCCCCCCCCCCCCCCAAGCCUAAAAAAUUUGCAAUUUGAGAGUUAGCUGGUAUGAUAUGGGUUUUGUUGUCUGGAGAAAGACUUACGAGAUAUGGAGCUUAAUCUAUCAGUUCGUAUUACAGUGCCCAUCAAUUGUCUGCUAAAAUGCUUCAAAGAGAAAAGUUUAUCAAAAGAGUUCAUCAGUGUGCAUCAGUUGUUAUACCUCGAUUCUUCUAUUCUGAGCCCUCUUUAAAACUCCUUUUCGUGAUGUAGUUUUCAUGUUAAUUUACUCUUUAUAGUAUUUGUACAAUUCUAAAAUUGAUGCUUGAGAUAUGCUGAUUUAUUCAAGUUCAAAUUGGGAAAUGGAAGCAGAAAGUUAGAGUUACUUGAUGGUUCUGUUUAUUGGCAGAUUAUUUGUCGAUUGAUUUGGAUAUAGAUGGAACUUAAUUUCUUCCCCUUUGACCACAUGACUGAGAACAAUAUAGGUUGCUCGGUCUCCAUAUUUUGCUUGUUGAUAUGCUUCUAAUGCUCUGCUUUUAAUAAUUCUAGCCAACAAGGUUGCUUGUCUACUAAUGGUUUUGAUUAGCCUAUGUUAGGAAGGUCAAAUAAAAAAAUUGGUAGCAGUUGGAAAUUAUUUUUCAGCUGAAGAAAAGGUGGAAACUUUGAAAGUUACGUUAAAGUUUUAGUUGAUCCUACUGAUUAGAUGUCUUAUAUUCACAGAGAAGUUACGUUGUUUUUCUGGCCUAAUGCAUUUACUCAUCCUCUUUAAAUUAUACUUGUAUCAACUUAAUAGCUCCCUCUGGGAGAGUGGGACUGUAUAGUAUGUCAGCCGCAAUGGUUGUAGUUUUUGUCAAAAUUUCUUAUGGCCUGUUGCUAAAAUUUUGCAAUCACUAUUUGAUUUUGUUUAAAAAACUUUUUCUACUAUUAUAUUUUCUACUGAAACAUUCUCAUAACCUUCUUCAUGGGAAUCUCUAUAUAGGGUCAAACAGGAAUACUGCAAAUGUCGCUCUAAACUAAAAUCUUUACCACUUUUUCUGGUUUUUUUUUUUUUUUUGGGCAGGAAAUCAUCAAGUGCUGCCACUGAUUUAUUGCUCAAUGUUUUUGGACUCCAACAAAUUUCCACCAAGAACCCUUAAAAAUCUGCUCAGAUCAUCUGAAAAAUCAAUAUUCUCCUUUAUAUAUAGGACUCCAAAACAUCCUUUCUUGCACAUCCAGGUAUGCAAUUAUGUGGAUGUGUACAUGAAAUGGAAGAAAGACUCAUACUAUGACUCAAUUGAGCACAUCCACCAGUCCAUUCCACUAAAACCUGUCAUAGCCCUCAAAAACUGUAUUGCCCAGGACCCAAAUGGUUGUCUUCCAAUCUCUGCAGUUUCUAAGAGGGGAUUAGAGUUAGGUGUGCCCAUGAAGGUUGCAAGAUUUAUGCGGAAAUAUCCUUCCAUUUUUGAGGAGUUUACAGGUCCUGAAUACAAUCUUCCUUGGUUCAGGUUGACUUCGGAAGCUGCCCUGAUUCACAGAGAAGAGGAAACAGUUUAUGAAGAGUUCAAGGAGGACUUAAGAGCUAGGUUAAAGAAGAUGAUAAUGAUGAGCAGAGACAAUGUUCUGCCGUUAAAAAUAAUCAAAGGGAUGCAAUGGUAUCUAGGAUUGCCUGAUGAUUUCUUGCAGUAUCCAGAGCGGAAUCUUGAUGCAUCAUUCAAGUUUGUAGACAUGGCUGAGGGAUUGACGGGAUUGGCAGUGGAAAGUGAAGAAAAAGUUUGGUCCACAGUGCAGCUGAAUGCCAUGAAGAGAGGCUGUUAUUUUGGUGACUCAAUGGAGGCCAUCGAGUUUCCACUUUUUCCAUCAAAAGGUUUAAGGCUGAGGAAGAAGAUUGAGAAUUGGCUUAAUGAAUUUCAAAAGCUUCCUUAUGUUUCACCUUAUGAGAAAUUCUCAAAUUUGGAUCCGGACAGUGACAUAGCAGAGAAGCGACUUGUUGGGCUUCUUCAUGAACUGCUUUCCCUUUUUGUUGAACACUCUGCUGAGAGGAAGACGCUCUUCUGCCUUAAGAAACAUCUGGGGCUGCCACAGAAAGUGCACAAGGCGUUUGAACGGCAUCCCCAUAUAUUUUAUCUGUCUCUUAGGAACAAAACUUGUACAGCGAUUCUUAAGGAAGCUUACAGGAAUAGAUCAGCUAUAGGUGAGCAUCCUCUACUGAGCGUGAGGAAAAAGUACAUCAAGUUGAUGAAAGAGUCAGAGGUGAUUUUAAGGAACAGGAGAGUGAAUAAUAGGUUUUCAAAUGGGAACUCUCCGAAACUGGACUUAGAUUUGGAUUUUGUGGAUGAGCAAGGCUGUGAGAUGGCCGAGUGUUCUUAAGUAGAAGUUGAACUGCCCAACCAGCUUUGCAGUUUCUUGUUUAAUGGUCACACAACCGGUUGUAUCCUAGCCUUGAGGUAUUUUCACAACACUUGUAGCUAGACCUCUUAAUGAGUUAAUGAAAAUUAUAACCAAUCCUAUGAUUAGUUUUGGUAAA